AUGGUUACUAUGAUUCAUCGGCUUUUUCAACAUCUUUAUAUUGUUUUAAUAUCGAUUAUAUCGAUAUUUAAUAUUUCAUUAAUCUAUUUGAUUGAUGUAAAUGAUGAAGAUAAUAUGGAUGAUCAUGAUGAAAAUGCAAUCAAUGAAUCCAUGUAUAAAUAUUCUGAAACAGUUACUGAAAUACCACUCGAUCCAGUUAUAGAUCUUCAAAGCCGACAAAUACCUGAUUGUAUUGUACACAAUAACAAUCAAAAUUAUAUAAGACUUGGAAAAACUCGACCUUGUCAUCGAGACCCAACGAAUAUUGUUGAGAAUAGUAAUAAUGCUGCUGAAAAACCAGAUGAAUUAUUAUCAUGUUUUAAAAAAUUCUUUCUUGAUAUUCUUAAUGAUGAACAAUCACGUCAACAACAUCUUUUGAAUGAUCAAGCGAUCUCAGCAACAACAUCAAUAGAUAUAUUAUCUGAUCAAAUAAUACAAGAUGAAGAUAAAAUCGAUGAUGAUGAAAUGAUAUUACCUACUUAUUCAAUGAGUACACAUUUUCGAAAAAAACGGAAUCCUGUCUGUCCUAUUCAAGGAUAG